CCUAACAGAAUGGGAGGAGGAGAAUGGGGAAAAGAACUAGGAAGGAAGAUGUGAUGUGGUGUACAAACCCCACACUAGGCAAUAAAGGGUUAAGGUAUUGGGCUCAGCCAGCCCUGCCCUGCUGCACCUGUAGAAAAUGCACCAGCUGGAGGAGGAGUUAAAAGGCAGGAGAACAGCUCACUUGGUGGUAGAUCAGGAAAGAAAGCAGACCUGUAACUCCAGCAGAGGAGAGCUGAAGGAAUGGCAGAAUUUGUCCCUAUACAACUGCCCAAAGGUCCUUUCCUGAGGGAAGGGAAGCCCUGCUACAGAGGGAGCCUGAUAGGGAAGCAUCCUCCACUCCCUCUCAUAUGAAUUCUGGGUUGUGUUAAUUCCCUUUGUUUUGUUUGGACUACCCUGGUAGGGGAAAGCUCUAAGCCUGAUCUGGCCCAGGAGAGAGGCCUAUACCACAGGAGAAGGCAGUUGCUGUCCUGAGAGAAAGGAAGCUCCAUGUUGCACAGCUGCUGGAAGACCCCUUUUGGUGAACGGACACCCUUCACACUGUCUUACCCUUGGGACAAUCGCAGGGAGGUGGUAGGAAGUGGCCCAGGGAGGGCAGCCUUAAGUGCCCCUGGCUGUCAGAUCACUGAUUGCCCUCAAAAGGCUCUGGGUUGGAGCCUGAUGGAAUGGGAGGGCCUGGUCUCCCCUACCAGCCACUGUCCCUGCCUUACUAUGCAUUCUACCAUGCCAGGGGACCCAAUUACAGCACGGCGUUACAGGAUCUCCAAUCCCAAAGGUGCAAAGCUCAUGAGUCAGACCAUGAACAGCAUGAGAUUUUCAAAAAAGGUUCUAUGGUGUGUUUUGGUUUUUGAUCUUUGAACCUCCCCUGCCCAUCCCAGUAAUUGCAUGGCUCUCUCCCACAUUUAUAGAGGAAAUUGAUUCUGGCUCCUGCUUCAGGCACUUGCACUGGUGGCCUGGUGAUGUGGAUCUUCCAGCUUCUUCCAAAACUCUAAUCAAUUAAUUAAUUCUGUAUUCCCUGCCCCCCCACACACCUGUCCGUCCCCCAGCCCAGCAAUUAAUUUGCACCUUUCCAGCCCCCAAGGUUGUAAGUGAAGGAAGAAAUUGUAGGCAUCGCAGUGUGAGUGGAGAGGCGGUAGGUAUUGGGGUGUGGAAAAGGUUAUGGGUAUCGUGUGCAUGUGGAGGGGGCUGUUGCUGUAGGUAUAGAGGGAGCAGGAUGCUGUGUGGGAAGGGGGUUGCUUGCCGCUGAAGGUUGGAGAAAUUCAGCUUUUCACCACAGAGAGAAAGUAGGGAGUGUUAUCUUUCUCUUUACUCCUCACAGCACUUGGUUAAAGUGAGCAACUUUUACAAAAAUAAAUAAUCUACUCUUCUGGCCUCCUAUGAACAUGGGUUGCUGGGCAGUUGCCUCUCCCUCACUACAGCCACAGGAGCAGGCUCUUCUGUUUACCAUGCUGGUUACCUCCUCUCCCUGGUCUCAGUGAAAGAGAGAUGAGCGAAGGAAACUCCAGGAAGAGACAGCUCUUGACUGGCUGAGUGUGUGCCAAGGAGGAGCCCCCUGGGGGUGCAGGUUGCAGAGGCAGAUGGGACAAGGCAGUAUGUAUUUGUGUGUGUGGGUGUAUGUGGACUGCAAGAGGACAGGUAGGUAUUUGAGGUCUCUGUGUGCCAAAGAGUAGUGGUUGUGGAUACAAGAAGGAAAAGUAGUGGGGAGAAAGGGGUGCAAUUCCCUAAAGGAGAAAAAAACUGGGAUAUUUAUUGAGAAAGGGACCUGAAAAGGGCAGAGAGACAGAGAUUGAGAUCAAGGAGAAUAAAGACCCAAGGGAAGUGAAUCCAGGAAGAAAGUCAGAGGGAGGGUGCCAAGGCCACUGAGAGUGAAAGACUGUAGAAGAAAGAAGAGAUCCAAAAGGGAAGAGAGCAGGAGCAUGAGAGUGGUUAUGAGGAGAAUGGAGCAGUGAGUGAUAGAAGAAGAGGGAUCCAUAGAGGAAGGGCAAGAUGUUGGUCCCAUCUAUGCUAUAAAAUGUACCCUGCUUGUUACCAGUUACAAAGCAAUCCUACCACUGUUAGUAAUCCCAAACAGCUCAGGGUUGCAGAGAACAUGGGACCACACCAUGUUGAUUAACUUUGUUGGAGUUUUGCUUUAUUGCAGAAGUCAUGAAAACUGCUAAAACAUGGUUCUGACUUGUCUUCACUUCAGGAUUAAAUCUAUUCCAGUAUUCUGGAGGAGAAUUUUCUCUAAACAUGGAUCAUUAAUACAGAACUCUUUAAGUUUAAAAAAAGGCUUAAAACAGUUUUGCAUGGUGUAUUUAUACCAUAAAGAAGAUACAUGCACACAAGAAAUGAAGAAUCACAUCCAAGUUUAAAUGGAUUUCUCAGUUUUAUGUGUUGUAUGCUAAGGACUGUAAAUAAUGAGUCACUCUGGCUGAUGUCAGGAUCUCACUAUCAGAGCACUUGUGCAGCAGUAAACCUAGAGUAAUCUUUCUUCUGUGUGCCAGGCUGUUUGGUUGGGGGUGAUAUAAGCAGGGAGGCUGAAGGCGUCCACCUUCUUUGCUGAUUAUUUCAGCUCCCUUCAUCUCUGCAGUCACUUACAGGAGGAAAAUAAGGCAGUGUCUUGAAAUGAGUGAUCAUUUGGAAGAAAACUGUACUGAGAAAAGCAAUUCUGCCCAUGAGGAACCUGCAGAAGCAUAUGCCACUCCUGCUAAGGAUUGUCAAAUAGCACAGAAGCAACUGCAACAAAUAGAGCGGCAACUAAAAUGCUUAGCGUUUCAAAACCCAGGACCUCAGGUAGCUGACUUCAACCCUGAAACGAGAGAGCAGAAGAAGAAAGAGCGUAUGGCAAAGAUGAACCAAGAUUUUUUUUAUAAACACAAGACUAUGAAGAAGUAUGACAAACAUGGCAGGCUGCUUUGUAAUAACAUGGAUUUGUGUGACUGCCUGGAGAAGAACUGCCUGGGUUGCUUCUAUCCAUGCCCUAAAUGCAAUUCGAACAAAUGUGGACCAGCGUGUCGCUGUAAUAGAAAAUGGGUUUAUGACAGAAUUGAGACUGAAGCUGGGGAAGUGAUUAGCAUGUUACCAUUUUUUGUCCCUGAAUGAUGUUUUUCUGCUAGCUUUUGUA